CGCAAUGUUUCUCCUUCCUUGGAGAUAAUGUACAGAGCCUCGAUGGCCAACAAGCUUGCCAGCACAGCGCUGUCGAGGGCGCUUCGAAGAUGGCCACAUCCACACGCGACCCCGUCUACACCUUGCAGAGGUGUCGCAACUGCAGCCAGCGUCGACAUACACGAACCUGAACCGUACAUACCAGACUCGACGCCAAUAGUGCCCUCCAGGCCAGACCGAAAGGAGGCUGUACGGAACGCGAAACCUUUCUCCGAAUUCCUUACAGAUACAUACGACCGACAGCACGACUACCUGCGCAUAUCGCUCACCGAGAAAUGUAAUUUACGAUGUACAUAUUGCAUGCCUGAGGAGGGUGUUCACCUUUCGCCGAAUCGAGAAAUCCUUACGACGCCUGAGAUUUACUACUUGAGCGCGUUGUUCGUCAACCAAGGCGUCAGCAAGAUCAGGUUGACUGGUGGCGAGCCGACUGUGAGGAAGGACAUCAUUCCCCUCAUGCAACAGAUCGGACGUCUCCGACGUAAUGGUUUGAAAGAGCUGGCUUUGACCACUAAUGGGAUAUCGCUACAUCGGAAGCUGGACGACAUGGUUGAGGCUGGCUUGACUGGUGUGAACAUCAGCCUGGACACGCUCGAUCCUCUUCAAUUUCCAAUCUUGACUCGUCGACAAGGGUUUAGCGCCGUCAUGAAAAGCAUCAAUCGAGUGCAAGAGAUGAACAAGCUGGGCGCGCGCAUCAAGCUGAAGAUCAACUGCGUUGCCAUGCGUGGAGUUAACGAUGAUCAAAUCAUUCCUUUCGUGGAAAUGACCAGAGAUCAAGACAUCGAAAUACGGUUCAUUGAGUACAUGCCGUUCGGUGGAAACAAGUGGUCGCAGAGAAAGAUGCUUCCGUAUGCGGAAUUGGUCGAGCUCAUCCGUGCACGGUAUCCGACUCUGGGCCGCUUAAGAGACGCAAAGAAUGACACGUCCAAGACAUGGCAAGUACCUGGAUUCAAAGGUCGGGUUGGCUUCAUCACGAGCAUGACGCAUAACUUUUGCGGAACAUGCAACCGGCUCCGAAUCACUUCUGAUGGCAAUCUCAAAGUGUGCCUGCAUGGCAACACCGAAGUGAAUCUCCGAGAUGUGAUUCGAGCUGACAACCGAGGAGAGCCAAUGGAUGAAGCAGCAUUCGAAGCGAUACGACAGAUUGAGCUGGACCGGCGGAAGCACGCCGAAGAUGGCCUGCAUUUCGAUGGCGAGAAAGGCUGGAUCAGCAAAGAGCGACAACUCCUUGAGGUAAUUGGCGCUGCUGUGAAGCGCAAGAAGGCAAAGCACGCCGGAAUGGGCAAGCUGGAAAACAUGGAGAAUCGGCCAAUGAUCUUGAUUGGUGGGUAGGUCUGUUCUUAUCUGUUCUACACCAACACAGCGGUGGUGUCAGCGUAUAGUGCAGCGCACGCAGCUAUAAGUGUGCUACGAGAUGACGAAUUCACG